AUGGAAGACAAUAAGCUUACACAGGAAAUAAAAAGACACGCUGUUAUCGUCGCUUUACGCGCAAUUCACAGCGAUCUUGAAAUCUCUGGAUGUUUAAAUGUCGCCCGAUCGUUUGUACAUAAAGUUCGUCAAGAGUUGGAAGCAUCUGGAGACGAUGUGGAAACUGUUGCCAAGCGCAAAAAGCAUGAAGCACGUUCAGACAGUAUUAGAACACCACAGUUUCAGGACAUUAUUACCUUACCGAAAGACCGUCAUGUUUCUGAGGGCACAAUCCGAAAUACUGUCCACGAAGACCUUCGGUACAAGUCCUACGUGAUGCGCAUGGGGCAGUUUAUGUCAGCACAAACUCGGAGUCAACGAUUAAUCCGGGCAAAACGACUUUUGAACAAGCUAAAACAUCCUGAAAGGCCGAAUCUGCUCUGGUUGAUUUACGACGAAAAAAUUUUUGACCAGGAUCAGAAAACAAACCGGCGAAAUGAUAGGUGGUUAUGUUCGGAUCCUACAGAUGUCCUCCAUGUUAUGCACACAAAGUUUCCCGCAACUGUUAUGAUUUUGGGAGUGGUGAGCAAUGAAGGACACGUCAUGCCGCCUCACUUCUUUUCUCAUGGGCUUCGGGUGAAUGCUGCCGCCUACACUGAGGUUUUAAAAACAGUUCUAAAACCCUGGAUAGACAGAGUGCGUGGUGAGGGGCCAUACCUACUCCAACAGGACUCUGCACCUUCACACAAAGCCAUGACGACCCAAGAUUGGAUGUCCGAGAAUCUGCAUGACCACAUUACCCCAAACUACUGGCCACCGAGCUCGCCGAACCUGAAUCCUUUGGAUUUCUACGUAUGGGGCGUUAAUGAACGGGAUACCAAUAAGCAUCCCCAUAACACGCUUGAAUCCCUUAAAGCUACUAUUACCAGAGUUAUGACCCAAAUGAAUAAGGAUCAUUUAAUUCGGGCAUGCAGACGUUUCCGACAGAGAAUUGAGGCUGUUAUUGCUGCAAAAGGCGAUUUUAUUGAAUGA